AAGUCUGAGCAGCGAAGGCACAGCACUGUCCCAAAAGUUGCUCGCUCGCUGGCGUGUUGCCUGCUGCAGGACAGCAUGGUGCGGCGCGUGGCUGUUAUUGGGGCUGGGGUCGGCGGGUUGGUAUCUGUCAAGUGCUGUCUGGAUGAGGGGCUGGAGCCCACCUGCUUUGAGAGGAACGAGGACAUCGGGGGGCUCUGGUGCUACACGGACUCUACAGAUGGUGAGAGGAUCAGUGUGUACCGCUCAGUCAUCACCAACACCUCCAAGGAGAUGUCCUGCUUCAGCGACUUCCCUUACCCAGAGGAUUUUCCCAGUUACCUACCCCAUAACCUAGUCCUGAGGUACUUUAGGAUGUAUGCCCAGCACUUCGGCCUCCUGCAACACAUACGAUUCAAGACAACAGCUCUCAGUGUGAGGAAACGCCCAGACUUUGCCACCUCAGGUCAGUGGGAGGUGGUCACUGAGACUGAUGGCAUCCAAGAGUCUCACAUCUUCGACGCUGUCAUGGUUUGCACCGGCCAUUACCAGGAGAUGUACUUACCAUUGGCUUCUUUCCCAGGUAUCAAUACUCACUUCAAAGGCCAGUACCUCCACAGCCAGGCAUACAAAGACGCGGAGGCUUUCCGGGGAAAGCGUGUCCUUGUGAUCGGCAUUGGCAACACUGGUGGUGACCUCUCCGUGGAGCUGAGCCACGUGGCUGCAAAGGUGUUCCUCAGCUCCAGGAGCAGCACGUGGGUGUUAAGCCGGGUCUCGGACCAUGGCUUCCCCAUGGACAUGGUCAAUACCACCCGCUUCAACAGCUUUCUUGACUGGCUUCUCCCAUCAGCCAUCAUGAACAGGAUCAAGUUUCGGAAGUUCAAUUCAUGGUUUAACCACACAAACUAUGGCUUGGCUUCCACUAAAAACUCCAACUUCAAGGUAAUUGUCAACGAAGAGCUGCCAUUUUGCCUUCUCUCUGGAGCCAUUGUGUUGAAGCCAAAAGUGAAGGAGUUCACCGAAAACUCUGCUGUUUUCGAAGACGGGACGAUUGAAAACAUCGACGUGGUGCUGUUUGCCACAGGCUAUAUCUCCUCGUUUCCCUUCCUUGAAGAGUCAGUUCGCAGCCUCUUCAAGGACAACCGUUGGCUCUAUAAAUGCAUCUUCCCUCCCCAGCUGGAAAAGCCAACGCUGGCCAUCAUCGGCUUAAUCCAGCUGACAGGCUCUGUGAUGGUGGGAACAGAAAUGCAGGCUCGCUGGGUGGCAGGAAUCUUUGCAGGCUGGAACAAGCUCCCUCCCACCAGCAGGAUGAUGGCUGAUGUUUUGAAGAGGAAGCCACCAGUCAAAAGGAAUCCACCUGAGAGGGAGAACUUGAAGAUGAGUUUUAUCAGCUACACCAGUGAAAUUGCUUCAUGUGCUGGUGUAAAGCCAAGCAUGUUGAGGUUGCUCCUAACAGACCCCCGUCUGGCCCUGGCUGUCUUCUUCGGCCCCUGCACCCCCUACCAGUAUCGACUGAUGGGACGGGGAAAGUGGAGCGGGGCCAGAGAUGCUAUCUUGACUCAGUGGCAGCGGACACUGAAGCCCUUGAGAACUCGGAUGGUGGAUGACUUCUCUGACAGCUCCUCUGGCUGGUGUUGGAUGUGCCUCUUGGUCCUGCCAGCAGCUCUCAUGGCAGGUUUCCUCCUUUCUAAAUACCACCAGCCAGGAUGGAGCCUCCAGACAGGUCCCCAGCUGUAGAAGAAACCUGGUGAGACCCAGAUGUGGGUGAGUUGGGGACAAUGUGAAGCUGUGCCACUGCUGGCUGCUGUCACUGGGGCUGGAGCUGUCCCAACACAAGCAGGAACCUGGACCUGGUGCCCAGACCUCCGCCAAUGUUUCACACCCACAAAGGGCUGUAUGGACACUUUACCCCAAACCUGCUGAAGUCUGUGCCCGCGUUGCGCCAGUACCAGGACAGGUCUCUAGAGGGCUUCUGGGAAGAGCCAUUUGGGAACAAUCUGGUGUUCAUGGAGCUAGCCUUCCUCCUCCCACUGCUCGCCCAAAGCUUCCUCCUUUAAAGUUCAUCAAGAACCUCAACACCUGGAGAUUUUCUGAAACGCUGAACUAUAGAGUUCUUUAUAUUUGUCUGGUAACUUUUGGGGCGUGAAGCAGGGAGCCACAAAUAAACCUCACACAUUUGGUUUUC